AUGACGCGCGUGUGGAUCGCGCUGAUUGGAGUGGUGGCGCCUGUGCUCGUCAUGUGGUCGCGGGUCAGAUUGGGUGUUCACACUCCGUCACAGACGCUGGCAGGCGCCUGUCUCGGCGUCACAAAGGCCUGCCUCUGGUUCACAGCAUGGAACGGCAUACAGAUCUUCCUGGACACUCCAUCGAGCCAGCACGACACCGCAUCGACGUCGAUACUGCGCGACGGCCUGAAGAACACAGUCGGCGUUCGAGUGGAUAGUUGGAUUGCGCAAGCGGAAGUCAGCCUUGGGCGAGCAAUGCGGUCCUAA